UGCUCUGUGCCAGACGCGGCUGGAGCUUGGGUUCCGGCCAGUUUGUGAGGAGAAGGAGCCGGAGGAGGGAGCCUCUUCCUUCCUUUCCCGUAUUCUUUUCUUCUCCGGCGGCCUCAGUCUGUUUUUCAUCUUGCUCGGAGCGGAGCUAUGAGAGAAACCCACACGCGCAGAUGAUUUGCAAGUUAAACUUCUGAGUUUCUCCAGCUUCUUGCACCAAGAUGUUUACCACGAAUCCUGCAAACUGGGUUACUUUUGAAGAUGAACCCCUCUUCCAGUCUCCUCAGAAGGCAGGAGGAAAUCAUAGUGCUUGCAAAGCAAAUGGGCUUAAACUCCUUCUGCCUAAGAUGCAUGAUUUGUCAAGCCAAUCUUCCUCCUCCUCCAGCAAUACUUCUCUCUCCUCUUCUGUAGUUGACUACUACUUUAGCCCUGGCCCUCCUAGUAAUUCUCCACUCUGUACACCCACCAAAGAGAAUUCUGUAAGUCCCUGUUUUCCCAAAUCAGGAGUUCACCUUCUGUAUCCUAUUCCAGAGUUGUCAUCCAACAUCAGUCUUCUCCCAUCGGCUGAGCCAUCCUCUCAAAAACUGACAGGUAUUUCUCAGAUUGAGCACCACUCAGAGUUGUCUGCCCCUAACCCAACAGAUGAUGCAAAUGUCUCUCAUCAAGACAACUCAAAGAAAUUGGAAGAUUCCUUAGAAUCACAAACUUUUUUCCAGUAUGUUCAGGAUGACUGUGCUUUCUCUAGUCCAUUUUGGUCAGAAAAUUCACCUUGUGUGUCUUCAUCUAGCUUUGAUGUGCAUAGAAAGAAUUCAGACUUUGAAAAGGGUUGUUGCCCUUCCAAAGAAAAGGAAAGUUUGCCUGAUCAGAAGAGCCUCAACCAGGCGUCAUUCAACUAUUUUUGUGAUAGGCUUGAGCACUUGCAAACGGAUUCUUCAAAUAAUGAAAGGACCUUGACAGCCAUGCCAUGCAUGUAUACCGGAGAUGGAUUCUCAUCAUUCAUUCCUCACAGCCUCUUCAGCAGCCAGAGAAAAGAUGGCUGGCCUUUCAUGUUGAGGAUUCCUGAAAAGAAGAACAUGAUGUCGUCAAGGCAGUGGGGACCUAUAUACCUUAGGGUCUUAUAUGGAGGAAUCCUACAAAUGUACUAUGAAAAAGGCCUUGAGAAACCUUUCAAAGAAUUCCAGCUGCAGCCAUUUUGCAAGCUUUCAGAACCCAAGCUCGAGAACUGCAGCAUUUCUGGGAAAAUCCAUACUGUAAAGAUUGAACAUGUUUCGUACACGGAGAAAAAGAAGUAUCCCAAAGCUGAAGUGGUUCAUGAACCAGAAACAGAACAGAUGCUGAAGCUGGGGACAACGGAUUACAAUGACUUUACUGACUUCUUGGGAAUCGUUGAGGAAGAGUUAAUGAAGCUUCCUGCUCUUUCCAAACAAAAGAGACAUUAUGAAGAACAGGAAAUUGUUCUGGAGAUAGUGGACAACUUUUGGGGGAGGAUCACUAAAGCAAAAGGGAAACUAGUUGAAAGUGCUGUCAUCACACACAUUUAUUGUUUGAGCUUUGUGAAUGGAAAUUCUGAAUGCUUUUUGACACUAAAUGACUUGGAGCUUAAGGGAAGAGGUGAGCAUUACUUUGAGAAGGACGCUGAGAAGAAAUGGAUUGAAAUCCUUGACUAUCACUUCCAUCAAUGUGUGAAAAAGCAAGAGUUUGAGCAGUCAAGGAUAAUUAAAUUUAAACCACCGGAAGGCUAUAAGUUAGAGCUGAUGCGUUUCAGGACGCAGUAUAAUGGAUCCGAUCUUCCAUUUUCUGUCAAGGCCUUGGUAGUAAUUCAGGGAGCUUACGUUGAACUCCAGGCUUUCAUAAACAUGUCCCCCUUUGCUCUGGCUUCAGUGCAUUCACAUUCCAUGAAAUACUGUGAAAAUAUUAUGGUACACUUUCCUGUUCCUCCACAGUGGAUCAAAACUCUUUGGACCAUGAACCUCCAAAGACAGAAGUCCUUGAAAGCAAAAAUGAACAGAAGAACGUGUCUUGGCUCUUUAACAGAGAUUGAAUCUGACCCUGUCAUACAGGUUUCAGUUGGAACAGCCAAAUAUGAAAGUGCCUAUAGAGCCAUUGUUUGGAAGAUUGACAGACUUCCAGAUAAAAACUCAAGUCCAGAUCAUCCACACAGUUUGUCUUACAAACUAGAACUUGGGUCGGAUCAGGAAAUCCCCUCUGACUGGUAUCCCUUUGCCACGGUGCAGUUUGUUGUAUCUGAUACAUCUGCUUCCGGAACUGAGGUGAAAUCACUGGGCAUUGAGAGUGACAUUCAACCCCAGAAACAUGUGCUUCAGAAAGUGUAUUAUAACUGCCAGGUUGAAAUUGAGAAGAAAUGGAUUAGACUUGAUGGUGAAGAUCCCAAUAAGUGUGGGAGUUGUCAGAUGCAGUAGAAAGGAGAAGAGAGAAGUAAUCUGGUGUGCUGUUAGGAUUAUGGGAAAUAUUGGUUGCAAGCAAGAGUUUUAAUUGCAGCAAAGCAGUUGAUUUCUGCGUAUAUCGGUUUGUCAUGUUGAAAGACUGCGUGUACAGUUGGGAGCUUGCACUCUUAAACUUUUAGCUUAUUGACUCUGAUGUCCUCUGAAAAGUUAAUAUUGUAGAUUGAUUUCAUACACCAGCUUGACAAUUAAUGGCACUUGAUAUGAACUUUUGUGAGUCAGUUGACCAUCAGGCUUUUAGUGAUAACAUCAAAAUAUUUUGGCUUUUGAUAUUGUCUAGAUGGAUAAAUUAUGGAAUUAAAAUUAAGUUAUUUAUAUUUAUAUGUAGUUUAUUCAUAUAAUCCUAUGUAUUCCACUUCUCAGUAUUGGUAAAGAAUGCAGGCCCCAAAUGUACAGUAAAAGGGUGUCAUUUGGCAGUGUGCUUUAAACUUUUAAUGGGUCAUGAACUCAAUCAUCUUGUAGGUUUUGGAUAGUUCCUUCAAUAUGUUCUUCCUCUACAGAAGAAUAUUCAUGUGACAAACAUUACACCAGAAUGCAAAAUGUACACAGAUUUUUCACAAUAGUUCAGUUGGCAAGAGCUGUCAGGAAUCUAAUCCAUUGCUUAUAGAUCUUGAAAAUCGACACUGAUUCAGCAUUUCAUUGAAACUGUUCACAUACAUUUACAGAGAAAGACAUGCCACAGCAAAGGAACCAGUACAAAAGUGCCUUUUCUUUGGCCUCUAUUUUUGUUUGUAAAUUGAAGUUUUUCCUUUGGAAGAGAGUUCUACCUGGGCUUAUGUGCAUGCAAAAAAAAGGGGCGGGGGGAAGAAAAAGAGAGAGAUUUGGAGUAGCAAAAGUUCCUGUCCUGAACAGAUAAGGAGAAGUUUUCACGUCAGUGUCUUGGAGGGAACAGAGUUCUUUUUAAUAUGUUUCCAACAGUUACAAAUUAUUUUGGAUCUCCAACAAGAGCAGAUGUUAAAUCUGGAAUAAAACUAUGUCCUGAAUUGGUAGCUGUAAGAUCCAGGAGAACCAGAUGAACGUGGAAAGCGAGAUGUUCCCUUGCACUGGCAGCUGAGCUAGAGUUUGCUUAAAGGGUGUGCGGCAGAACAUUCCUAACUCUGAAGGGAAAUAUGUAACUGUAAAUGCUUUGACAACCGUGAUCAGCUUAACCUUUUGCAUGCUGGUUUUUGAGCUUAUUGGCCAGAUCAGUUUAUCUUCUCGCAAGAGGCAACUUCUUCAUCCUUUCCUUUUCGAGGCCUGUGUUUUAUACUCUGGAGUCCAGAAGAAUGUCUGUCUCUGUUUUACUUUGUAUUGAUAGUUUUCUGCUUUAUUGCAACUUCUCUAGAUGCUAUCUUUGUUGCAUGUAAGUCUUUUUGGAAUAAAAUUGCAAUAGCAUAUUUCAUCUCACUUUAAUACUUUUGUCCUGACUGCAGAUUUUGAAUACAAACUGCAACACUUAAGUUAAUUUGCCCCAAAGGGGAAAUGAUUUAGUUAAUUUUUAUUAAUCUGGAGAACGUAUAUUAUAAUUCUAGUUCAGCACACAAUAGAAACCAAUAUUAAGUUACAUUCUAAAUUCUCUGUAGUUUUAUGAAAACAGUUAAUUCUAAAGAUACUUCUGCUUCCUAAUCUCAUUUUAUUAGUAAAUUCUCUUGAAAUGUCAAAAGUAUCUUUCAGUGAAAAUACUAGCUUGCUUGUAUACAGCUUCCUAGAUGGAUUUUUUUUCCUCUGGAGAUAUUGGGGAAGAAUAAAAUUGCCUUUCACAUUUAGGCUGUCAUUUUCAACCACACACCUCCACCCUCCAUUUAUUUUAACAAUAUUCGUUUGUGCUCUGGAAUGGAAGGCAUGAAACUUUCUAGAUUGUUUUACCUUAAGAGAGAAGUAGCUUAAAAUGCAUAUGUGUGCACAGUUCAAACAUGAAGCACGGUGAGUGAAUUUUGGAUGGAGUACAGAAAGGGUAUAGAUCUUGGCACAAAUGCAGCAUUCCAGAAGUCUUAAUUGCUCAUUUAGAUUGUUGGCAGAAAAUUGUGCGUUCUACUAAAAUAAUAAUAUCCAGUUAAUAGCAAGAACAAUACUGUGUUAUAUUAUGCCUCUAAAUAUAUAACAUAGGAACAUCUAUUUUGGAGUUCUCUCUUCAUAAGAUUUAGCCUGGGUUCAUUCUAGAUUGAGGGCUUCCUCAAAUGUGAAAGUGUUGGAAUCGACCAAAUAAGAUAUGGGGCACCUGAUACAUGAUGCUUUGUGUUGAAAUAAAACUAGAAAUUGGUGUGUACCUUAUCAAAAGUGUAAAAUGGUUAGAGUAGGAUGAGAAGCUGAGAUGGAUUGAGUAAAAUGGUGAGGAUGUACAGUUGGUUAUACACCAUACUCAGCUGCCUCAUAAUUCCUGCACACCUAUUUAUUUCUUAUUGUAAAAAGAUCAGUGUAACUUCUCCCUAUCUGGAAUUAUUCUCCUGGAAAAGUAUACAUGGAAAUGGUAAAGUCAGAAUUAUAAGUCCACAUGGAUUCCACCACCACCCUCUAAGAAAGAUCUGUAAGGAGGAACUGCUAAGAAACUUAACUUGCUUGAUGGUAUUUCCCUGUGUGAUUGUGGAGUCAAAGAAAGGAAAGAGCAGGCUUUGAGGGCAAGCUCUACCUUGCAUAACUGAGCUGUUUGACAUGAUGAUUGUAUAUGAGGAGUGGGUAAAGGCAUGUAACUUUGGAGGAAGAGUGUCACUUCCCUGUCACUGCAUUGUUACCUAUGCACCAGUGUAAACUAAGUUCAAUGCAAUAUUAAUAGUAAGUGCUGCAGCUUAUUAGGUCUGUUUAUUUCUAAAUGCUAUUAGGUUGGAUUGAUUUGUUAUACUAAGAAUAGACCUGUUGAAAUCAACAGGGCUUUAAUUACUCAUGCCUAACUUUGCCCCAUUGAUUGCAGCUGGUCUGUUCUGACUAUGCUAAAUUUGGAUCCAUCCCAUUUGGUACAAUCCAAAGAUGACCAACGCUUGGAUGUGUUUGCUUUUAAGUGUUGCUCAGAAUUUCUGGAAAGCCAGCAUUGUAGGCAGGGUAUUGGUAAUAUUACAAUACUGCUUUUUAUAGGAGUAUAUCUUAGCAAACCUAAGUGCACAACCACUUAGCUACUGAAAUUAGUAGGUAGGUGUCACAUUGGUAUGUGUAUUGAUUCAGAGUGUAAAUAAAUAAAUAAAUAAAUAAUGCUUAAUAUAAGAAGUUUUCUGUAUAAGUUCUAAAACAGACCAAAGCUUUAAUCUUGUAACAGUCUUUUACAGAUUUGUUUUUUAACAAUUAAAAUUGUAUAUUUUAAAA